AUGGAGAGGAUGACAUCUCUUGUCCUCAUUGUUAACUUAUUUAUCAUAUUUACCUCAGUUUUGAAUCAGGUUAGCGCAAAAGAAUGUAUAGAUGGAUUAGGCACAUGUGAAAACUGCGACCAGAGAUGCAAAACCAAGCAUGGAAAAUCGAGCGAAAGCAGCUGUGAACGCAGUAUUGGGAUGCCGAUUCCGUUUUGCACGUGCUACUACCAAUGUGGUGGAUUCUCAUCACCACCACCACCAUCCCCGGAAAUAUGUAACGGUGGAGGUGGCAUAUGUAGUCAAAGAUGUCCCGAAACAUGUUGUGAUAUAAACUGCGCACACAAAUAUAAGGGUGGACAUGGUUUUUGUAACACUUUUGGUAUAUUUAGUUUGUGCCAAUGCGAAUACCCUUGUUAA